AAGUAAACACACUUAAAAUCAGUAAAUCGUGUUAAUUAAUAUAUUUUAUUUAUUAUAUUUUAUAAUAAAUAAAACUAAAAAGAAAAUGAAGUUUUCACUUAUUAGUUCAAAUCAAUUAUUAGUAUUAGUAUUAAUAACAAUAAUACUAAUGCUAUCGGAUUUAUCUCAUCAGAAACCAAAUAUUAUUAAUAAUAACAAACCACUUAACAAUCACUUCAAAAAUCUGGGCCUAAACCUACCCGGCCGUCAUAAACUUGAAUUUGGAAAAUUUGAAAAUUAUAGACUUAAACCAACUAAGCUUCUUGGUGGUAGAAAUACUAAAAAAAAUAAUUUUAUAGCACCAAAAAAUGAUACUGAAAUUAAAGCUUUUCUCAACUAUGACUUAACUAAACUUGAUGUACAAAAUUCAUCACAAAUUAUACCGUUUUACAAUAAUUAUAAAACAUUGUUCAACAAAACAUAUAAAACCAAAGAGGAAGAGAUAGAAAGGGUCGGUAUAUUCAAGCAAACGAUUGUAUCGAUUAAUAAACACAACGCCGACGACUGUUCCCAUUAUACACAGGGUAUCAAUGAAAUGUCAGAUAUGAAAUGGCCAGAAAUACAAAAACAAAAAUUUGGUUUUAAAAGACCAAUUGCAAGAAAUAAGACAAAGAAAAUAAAAUUUGAUAAAAUGCUUAAAUCUUCAAACUAUGAUGACAAUAAUAUACCACUUGAAUGGGAUUGGAGAAAGUAUGGUAUAGUAACACCAUCAAUAAAUCAGGGAAAUUGUGGUUCGUGUUGGAGUUUUGCAUCGGCAUCUGUAUUGGAAAGUCAUCUAAUGAAGGUUCAGAUUUAUGAGGGAAACUUUGAUCCAAAUAAUCAAUUGAUAUUAAGUCAACAAAAUCUGAUCGACUGUUCCCGUGAAUACGGAACGGAAGGUUGCGAAGGAGGUAGUAGUAAAGAUGCCUUUGAAUAUGUACAAUCAGCUAAUCAACUCAAUACAUACAAUACAUAUCCAUAUACUGGAAUACCCAACUACUGCCAGUUUAAUAAUAAUAUGCGAAUCAAUGUCGACAUUAAAGAAGUCAAUCGUAUAACUACCGGAGCCGACGAUGAAUUGGUGUCAGCUAUCUAUAGACACGGACCGGUCACUGUUAGCUUUGAAGCAAACCUAAAUUUUAUGAAUUAUAGAUCCGGUAUAUAUGAAGAACCAUUUUGUAUCAAUAAUAUCACUCAUUAUAUGGUUGCUGUCGGUUAUACGCCCGAGUAUUUCAUAGUAAAAAACAGUUGGGGCGAAAAUUGGGGUGAAGGUGGCUUUGUAAGAUUGUCCCGGUCUAAGAUAAACAACUGCGGUAUCAGUGAACAAGACUACUAUCCAGUGCUGGCCAAUGAUGUCGGAACCGAUCAAAUGAGAGACAAACUAAAAGAAAUAUAUUAAAUUAAAACCAACUAUAUAUUUGUUUGUACAGUACUAACUAGAAAACACGUAUUUUAUAUAUAUACAGAUAUUAGUAUUA